GUAACUGUAAACUAUAUAUUUAUAUUAUCAUUUAAAUAUAUAACUGAUAAAGUUUUAGACAGUAGCUUUUGGAAUUAGUUAACCUUACAGUUGGCCCCAAUUUUUUCAUAUUUUUUUUUCAUCUUCUUACUUCCUAGGGACUCGCAUUUACUUAAUACAGGUUUGUGCGCGCGUUUGUGCUUUCAGUACUGCUGAUAAAUUACGUCAAUUCCCGGUAUUCCUCAGUACUCAGUAUCAACCGCGAAUAAAACAAAAUUAUUAUUAUUAUCAUUAUUUAUUAUAUUACAUUUCAUUUAAUUAAAUUAAAUUAAUUGUCAUAACCAGACUGAAGAUCAGCCAAAUUUAUUCUAAAUAUCUGCCGUUUAAAUAUUUUAAAAUAAAAUAGUGAACAUGCGUAUAAGAUGAUUCUGUUGCGUGAUUGUGCUUCGAAUUCACUUGAGUACUUACGUGUACUUUCUUUAUAUUAAUACAUAUACAUAUACAUGUACACAUAUAUGAGUGUGUUAAUGUGGAGUAGCUACGAGUUUUACAACCUGAUAAAUAAUUAUUAGUCUCUAAAAAGUUUAAAUAGUACGCGUGUGUCGAUACUUUAUUGUUGAUUAUUAUUUAAGCAACUGAUUGAUGAUUUGUUAAUUACGCGCUUCUUUUCAAUUAGAGGCCCAGCAUCAAGAGCCAAGACCAUGGGUAUCAUAAAACUAAAAUGAGUAUCAGUCAGUAAUAAAUAAGCGAUAAAUAAAAUAGAUGAGCUGAGAAUAAAUGAUGCUGAUGGUGAGACAAUGAGGUACUCUGCAGUGCAAGAAGAUGGCUAUGGAGUUGGAUUGAGGCAGGAGAUACAGCCAAUCAACAACAACAAUAAUAAUAAUAAUAAUGUAGAUGACAGCAUGAUGGCAGCCACUGGUGAAGUUGAACCAGUCGGCGAGAGCGCUGCAGAUGACUGUUCUAUGGUUUACAAUCUGCCUCUACUUUUCGCAAACGGAUAUCCCACUUCAUUGGAAAAAAUAACAUUGCCGCAGCUGGAGAAGUUCAUAACGUUCAUGACCCAGUGUUCGUUUGGUAACAACCCAACUCAGGUAAUAAAUAAACCUGCGUGGUGGCCAGUGGAAGUCGAGUUUUCAAUUCCUUUAAAACGACCGAAAAAAUCCGGCGAUAGCUGGAUGAGAUGUUUGAGAAGAGUCGUGCUACAGUGUUACGCUUUUCAUCAAAGCGAAUACUUGCUACGUUUUUGCUCAUAUCUAGCCCAGUAUCCACAGGCGAAGCUUUACUAUGUCAACAACUGGGACUCGACAACCAGCCUCUAUCACCGGAGUACUGGCAAGUUGUUGGCGACAUUCCGAAACGAGAAUAUGGACUAUGAUAAAGUUAUUGAAACAAACCGGAAAUCGUUGCUGCCAAUCAACAAUGCCAGUUCCAACUCCACCGCGAAGCGUAAAAAGACGCAGCAGAGGAAUCAUCGAGAAUCGCCGUCCUCCCUGGUUCUCAUUCAGCCACAAAUGGAAGAGAUCUAUUUGUGUGACAAUUGUGACGCUGAGUUUGGAGAUUUUAAACAGAUGAAGGAUCAUGAAAAAACAUGCGGGGAGUCAGUUAAGACAGUACAGCAAGAGAGCAGUACCUGCUGGCGGCCAAUAACUCCCGAAAUCGAAGCUGAGCCCGAAUUAAGCCAAAAUCAAUUUAUGGAGUACUUUAAAUUAUCAACACCCAACCAACAACUUCCUAAAACAGCCACCAAUCCAUCAUCGAUUCCAGCCAUAAGUAUCGAGACUGAGCCAUCCAGAAGUUCACGACGUAUGAAACCAGCCGCUAACCUCUGCCGUUCAUCAACAAUCCCAUUCUCCUCGCCGGCUGGGUUAGCUCUAGUUAAAAAAUCUAAAGGAUUGAAUGAGGCUACCAAACGUGACCGUAUCGAUAGGAUAGAGUGGCACUUGAGUGCGCCAGUACUCAGUAAAACCAAUAGACCCAAGUGGUUUGGUAAAUUUUCAUCGUCUGGUAGGUGGGUCGUCACUUACAAACCCAAUGUCAAUAAAGAAAAUCCACCAGCAGAUGAUUACGUUCACCAAUACACAUUUGGCGCAGUCAAACGCAAACCUCCACUCGACCUACGUUCGCAAAUUCUUUAUAUUGCCUGCGGUUCUCCUUUCGUAAGAUUGGACCGUCUCACAACCGAACAACUCCAAGACUUAAAAGAACAUCCAUCGAAAUAUCAAGCCCCAGUGCGUAAAAUACGGCAUAGAAUACGACCGCGUUUAAUUAUGAGAAUAAGUGGAAAGUCGACAGGACUGAAGCGACAAUAUUCGAGUAGAUUAACAGAAGUGAUGCCAGUCAUGGACAAGGAUCCAGAACAGAACAAAAUAAAAACCGGAACUUUGAAGCGCGGAUACACACCGAAUUUCCGUUCACGACCAUCAGUAACGUCGAUCACAAGGAUCACGCCUUCUUCAAACCCGGCGACUGUCGAACCUCAGCAGAAGACUAUCGUAAUUGUCGACCUCUGCUCGUCAGAUGAAGAAGACAGUCCAAGUAAUUGUGUGAUACUAUCAGAUGAAAAUCGUGAUCCGCUUAACAGUACGUGCGAAAAUGUUCGUACGAGUAAUAGUUACAUUAAGAAUAUCGGUCUUCAGCCAAUGAACGACCGGUUACGAGACAGUGUCCUCACUGACGACAACGAUAAAAGCUAUAAUAAACGGCUGGCCAAUGGUGUAAUCGAUACUUUUUCACCGAUUCUAAAGCCAACUCCUUGAAUCAACCGGAUAUUAAAUAAUCAAUCAAAUUAAAUUUAUUUAAUUUAAUUGACAUUGAAAGAUUUAAAGAUUUUAAAUAUUGCUACCAUGAACCGGUAACACAUUCACAUCUUAUUUCUAUAGACGUGUUAAGUUUAAGUAUUUUUAUAUAUAUAUAUAUCACGUCAAUUUUGUUGUACAAAUCAAGAUGAUUAGUGGGCCAAAUAAAAGCUAAAUAUCUGUAAUGGCAUUAAAUGUAUCAACUAUGUCAAGUAAUGUCGAUCGAUAUAUAAAAAAAGAAGAUAAAAAAUAUAGACUGUUUCGUUUGGUAUAUAUAUUUAUAUUUUUAAUCAAUUGAACGUUUUUUUUUAUGUUUAAAAUUAUUAUGUAUGAAAAAUAAAGUAUAAAACUAAGAACUAACGCAGACGAACUAAAAAAUUAUAAAAACAAAGUAAUUUCUAAAAUUUUUUCUAUCUUAUUUAAAGUCUUUUGUAAACAU